AUGGCUGACAGUGAGCUAAUGAGAAUAUGUUCAGUGGGUGGAAAUGCCGUCUCUGCCUUCCUGUCCUGGAGGCUUCAGGCUACCAAUGCGUGUGACGUAACGCUCGUUUGGAAGUCAGGCUACGAGAGCGUCAGCCAAUAUGGUAUCUCUUUCAAGUCUGGGUCAUUCGGUAACGAGCGGUUCAAACCUCGACGUGUCGUCCGAACGCCGGAGGACGCCACACAUAAUAAAGAGGGCGCAUUCGACUAUGUUAUCCUCUGUAUCAAGGCCCUCCCGGAUGUUUACGACCUCGCCUCGGUAAUUGACGCCGUUGUCACCCCUCAACAUACCUGUAUCCUGGUCAAUACGACACAUACCCUCGGAGUCGAAGCUGCUCUUGAGGAAAGGUUCCCCACAAAUGUUGUCUUGUCGCUCGUUUCGAAUGCCGAAUUGACCCAGUUGGGAUCAAGCGAAUUUGAGCAUAGUGGUUCAACUGAGAUCUGGGUUGGUCCAGCAAAUAAGAAUGGCAGCAUUCCCGCAGCAAUACAAGAUGACAUGGCACAAGCACUUGCUCUGACUUUGAGCUCAGGCCGCGUCGACUGUAAGGUUUCUAGUAACAUAAGACAGCAGCAAUUUGAACGAGUUAUCGGCCCUAUUGCUUUCCAUCCGGCCAGCGUUAUUUUCGAAACACCUUCCCAUACGGCUCUUUUAGAAAAGACUGGCGUGAGGCAACUAAUUUCCGAUGUAAUUGAUGAGCUUAUUACUCUUGCUACCGCGCAAGGGUGUACGCUCGAUGCUAAAUUCAAGGAAAACACUAUUAAGGAACAGUGUGAACUUUCGGAUAACCCAAGCAUAAUGUGGCAGGAUUAUGUUGCUCGGCGGCCUAUGGAAGUCGAGACAUUCCUCGGCUCACCAAUCAAAUUGGCCCAAAGCUCGGGAGUGAAGUUGCCACGGAUUGAGACGCUCUACGCUAUUUUCCAUAACCUGAACAUCGUCAACCAGUCCAGACCUAAGGAGAUUAAUGGACUACCAGCUGCUUCUGGUUCGCCAACCGGCGCGUCACCGAUGCCUCGCAUGUCCUCGAGCCAACCGCCUCGCCCUGUUAUUAACGGCCCUCCGAACGGAAACGGUAUGCCGAUGCCCAGGUCCAGACCCAGGAACUCGUCCAAUCUUAGUGGACCACCUCCGAAUAUGCGCCGACCUCCGCCUAUGAACGGUGGCCCUCCAAAUGGGCACAGACCUCCGAUGAACGGCGCGCCGCCGAACGGGCAUCCUCAGUCGCGGCAACCGUCGAGGCGCGGCUCUUUUGACGACACCGCUGAUCUUGGAGAGUUUAGCCACUUAGUUGUCUAUGAGGAUUCGGCUGAUGCUGGUGCUGGCGAUGGCGGAUACAAUGCUGACACUUCAGAUAUCACUCUUCGUGAAAGGGAACUCCAAUUACGACAGCGCGAGUUGGCGUUGAAGGAACAGGAAAUGCGUAUGCGACGCGGUGGUCCACCACCGGCUGGCGGUAGAAGGCGCGCUGCUCCUCCUGUUCGUAGUGGAGGCGGCGUAUACGACGAUGAGGACGAGGAGGACGACUAUUUCGACCCGAACUCGGGCCCACCUGCCCCCAUGAUUGACCCUGACAAUUUCGAUAUGAUGAGCGUCACAUCUAGGAAAAAUCGCAGUAGGCCUGCUCCGAACCAAAGCGAAAUGCGAAUGAACCCUGAAGGCCCUGGGGGAGGAGCACCGUCCCGUGGAAGUAGAUGGAGACCGGCAUUUGGCAGAAACCGUUCUAGUCAAAUCAUGAAUGCUGUGCCGGGCCUCCAUGACAAUAUUCUUGACGAUCCGCUGAUGAACUUCACGUCGAACCGAUAUGGUAAUGUCGAUCGGGGACAGAUGCAGGCGGGAUCCAGAGCCAACUCUUUAACGGCAUCGCAUUUACAUGAUUUUCAAAACGGAGCCAACGGUAUGAGCGGACCUUUUCCUAGACGUGCUAGCCAAUCUCCAGGGAACCCGUAUAGCCCUUCAAUUCGAGGCGGCAAUGGACGACCUUCACCUCCCAACGGGUUUGGAGCACCUGGUCCUAAUGGACGCCCGUCGCCUCCAGACGGUGUGCGCCAGCCAGUUCCUCGGUAUCCUCCCGGUCAAGGGAACAUGGUCGCGCCACAACAAGUUGAACAACAUGUCGGGGUGAGCUCUCUCCAACCACCAAUUACGAAGACAACAAGAAGUCUGACCGGCAGUGCGAGUGCUAGCGCGGAGAGUGGUGAAUCCACGAAUCUAGGUUCCGAACCAUCCGCUCACAGCAGUCAAAGUAGUCUCGGACCCCGACCUCCCAUUGGAGUCCGCUGA